UUCUUCUUCCUAAUUCCUCACUACAAAGCCCCCCCUCACUCCUCCCUCCCCAUCUCACCAAUUUCUCCUCCGAUCUCUCUCUCGCUCUCGUUUUCUUCUACCGACCCACCAGAGCAAGAUCGAAGGGCUGAGAUCACAACCCAAUGGCCGAGACAGAUAACUGCGUCCGUGUCACUCGCGCUUCUCAGAAGAGAGUUGCGGCUGCCGCCAUGGCUGAUGAUCAGCCCGCCAAUAAGAAGCGAGUGGUUCUGGGAGAGCUUCCCAACGUUCAAAACGUCGUUGGAUCAGCGGCGCAGAAGAGGAGGGCGAAGUCGCAGAAGAGUAACAGCAAGCCCAAGAAGAGAAGUAAGCUAUCUGUUGCUUCGACGAUUAAGACUGUUGUUGUCGAAGACAGUGAGCCGAAGUUGAGCGUUGAUGAAAUCUUGGAUGACCCAGAAAUGAUGGGGCCUUAUUCCUCUGAUAUCUAUGCUUAUCUUCGCAAAAUGGAGGCGGAACCCAAAAGAAGGCCAAUUCCAAAUUACAUUGAGAAGAUUCAGGCGGACAUAAGUGCCAAUAUGAGAGGGGUUUUGGUAGAUUGGAUGGUUGAGGUUGCAGAGGAAUACAAACUCUGCUCGGAUACUCUGUAUCUAUCCAUCUCAUACAUCGAUAGGUUCCUAUCUAUGAACAUUCUCAGUAGGCAAAGGCUUCAGCUGUUGGGCGUUUCUUCAAUGCUUAUUGCCUCGAAGUAUGAAGAGAUCACCCCUCCACAUGUGGAAGAUUUCUGUUACAUAACAGAUAAUACUUAUAGAAGGGAAGAGGUUGUGAAGAUGGAGGCUGAUAUACUCAAGUCUUUGAACUUUGAAAUGGGGAAUCCUACUGUCAAGACAUUCUUAAGGAGGUUUACUAAUAUUGCUCAAGAAGAUUUCAAAACACCAAACUUGCAGUUGGAAUUUCUGGGUCAAUACCUCGCUGAGCUUAGCUUAUUGGACUAUAAUUUUGUCAAGUUUUUGCCUUCAUUGAUAGCUGCUUCAGUUGCAUAUCUUGCUAAAUUUAUCAUCCGGCCGAAGUUACACCCCUGGAGUCAAAACUUGCAACAGUACACGGGCUACAAGCCAGCUGAUCUGAGGCAGUGUGUCAUUCUUUUACAUGACUUGUAUAUGGCCAGAAGAGGAGGAUCUCUGAUUGCUGUGAGAGAAAAAUACAAGCUUCAUAGGUUCAAGUGUGUGGCUAUGAUGCCUUCACCUCCUGAGAUACCAUUUUCCUAUUUUGAAGAAGCUUAGAUCAGUGCAAGGGUGAUCGAUUUGAUAUAUUUUACUCGCUAAUUUAGUAUGACAAGAGAAUAUGAGAGAUCCUGGCUUAUAAUGAAGACAUGAUUCUGACCCUCUGAUGAUUGAUAGCAGCAGACUUGUUGGGAAGAAGGGAAAUUGGUUUUGGCUCUUAUUUUGGUGACCCAAAGAAUAGGAUCCAUAUUGUUUAUACUAGUAGAAAGAUGUUUCUAUUUGAUUUUGACAAGUUGGGCAAUUUGAACUCCUUUUUACCUGUAAAUUGGAAGUUGCAUCCAGAUGAAUAACAGUAAAGAAUGCAUUCAUGGCCUUCUGUUGCUAA